UUCAGGUCAAAGGUUAAGCUCAGUAAUGUGCAGCUGGUUAUUUAACCAGUGAAAUGGAGAACAAGCAGUCAGCGAGCAGGAGGAGAGAAGCAGCUGCAGUGGCUAAAGGAAGCGUUAACAUGUCCUCGUGUGAGUUUGAGUCUCUGGAGAAGUCCCUGGAAUCUCACCUGCCGGAGGCCGAGCUGGUCCAGGUGAAGAGGAUCUUAUAUGGGAAGGAAACGCGGAAGUUGGAGCUCCCAGUGUCGGCUCUCCAAGCUGCUUCUGAGCACGACUUCGAGCUGAAAGGGUACCAGUUUGAUGCUUCACAGGAGCAACUCAGACCGCCCAGAAGAACCCGGGUGGGACUUGUUCAGCAUCGCAUUGUUUUACCCACUGAUGCCCCGAUCCUGGACCAGAUCAACGCCAUGCACACUCGAAUUGGUGUAAUUGCUGAGGUGGCAGCCAUGUGUGGCGUGAACAUCAUCUGUUUCCAGGAGACCUGGACCAUGCCCUUUGCUUUCUGCACCCGAGAGAAAGAGCCGUGGACGGAGUUUGCAGAGAGCGCCGAGGAGGGAAUCACCACACGCUUUUGCCAAGAGCUCGCCAGAAAGUACAACAUGGUGGUUGUGUCUCCAAUCCUGGAGAGAGAGGAACUGCACGGCACUCUGUGGAACACAGCGGUGGUGAUCUCCAACUCUGGAAAUGUGAUGGGAAAGAGCAGGAAGAAUCACAUUCCCAGGGUCGGAGACUUUAAUGAGUCCACUUACUACAUGGAGGGCGACUCGGGACACACGGUGUUCCAGACGCAGUUUGGGAGGAUUGCUGUGAACAUCUGCUACGGACGUCAUCACCCCCUCAACUGGUUCAUGUACAGCAUGAAUGGAGCUGAGAUCAUCUUCAACCCCUCUGCUACUGUUGGUGUCCUCAGCGAGCCCAUGUGGCCCAUCGAGGCCCGUAACGCUGCCAUAGCCAACCACUGCUUCACCUGUGCCAUCAACCGCGUUGGGACGGAACAGUUCAAAAGUGAAUUCACAUCAGGUGAUGGAAGGAAAGCUCACCAUGACUUUGGACACUUCUACGGCUCCAGCUACGUAGCGGCCCCUGAUGGCAGCCGCACCCCGGGCCUCUCCAGGACUCGAGACGGCCUGCUGGUGGUGGAACUGGAUCUGAACCUGAACAGACAAGUCAGCGACAAAUGGUCUUUCAAGAUGACCGGGCGGUAUGCAGAGUACGCAGAAGAACUUCAACGUGCCAUCAGACACGACUUCACACCCAAAAUAGUGAAGGAGUAGAAGCAGAAACAGGAAAUCACAUUUCUGUUCAUGUCUGAGUCUAAUUUAGAUCAAUCUCUAAUAAUUUCAUCAUGCAACGUUGAUUAUCAUGUAUCAACUACAUCUGAAUUCAUGAUCUCAGAGAAGUGUCGAGUCGACCCCUCCAGCGCUGCAGCACGAUAAAUACACCCGAAAUGGC